GAUCCAACUGCCAGAUCAUUUGGGAAACUGACGAGUUCAAAUGGCAGAGGUUCACCUCCAUUCCCUCCUCCAUGUGGUAUGUCAUGAUCAAUCUGCUGAAAGAGCACCCCUUGGCCGAGUUUCACGAGACUCUGUUGUCGCGGACACUUGUGUGCAUUUGCUGUAUCUUCGCCAUGCCGCUUUUCGCACUGCCUUCUAGCAUCCUGCAGUGUUCCCUGUUCGAUGCCGACCAGAAGGACGAUGCUGAGGAGGUAGCAAGAGCUGGCGAUGCCGCGCACACGAGGCGGAUGACAUACCAGGCCGAUGCCGCCCAGCUGUUGGAGCUCCAGGCAGAAUCGCAGCAGAAGAUGCGGCCGGGCUUCGCCACUACAAUUUUGGUUUUCGGAUCCAUCUUGGCUUACUUCUACUACACAGCCAGAGACACCGACCAUGCGACCUUCUUCACAGUGCCGGUCCACGUUUCAAAGACAACUCUCGCAUACAUCGACGGGACGGUUGCCAUCUGCUUCCUCUGCGAAUACGCCAGCAGGAUGAGCGUCGGGGGCGGCUCUUACAUCACCUCGGGGUAUGGACUGGUCGAUCUAUUGGCUUGGCUACCAGGCUUGCUGCACCUUUGCACCUAUGAGUCUAUGGGAGAGCACCACCACGAGAUCCUUUGCGCUGCUUGUGUUCUGCGAAUCUUCAAACUGGAGCGGUACCUGCAUUCCUUCCGAGACAUGCUGGACAUUGUGAAGGAAAACGGCGGGAUCCUGGGGGCGACGCUAGUACUGUCCAUGUUUCUAUGGAUGUUCUUCUCAACCAUGCUCUUCCUGACAGAGAAGCACAACCCCGACGACGAGAUGAAUGAUGAAGUGUACGGCUCUGUGAUGCGGUCUCUCUGGUCCGAGAUUAUCAAUCUGCACGGCGAGUGGCCUUGGGCCGACUACACUCCGAUGGGCAAGGCCGUUGGCACUGUAAUCGGCCUGUUCAGCAUCAUGCUGUUCUGCAUUCCAAUUGGUAUCUUUGGCGAAGGUUUCAUGGAAAGAGUCCGGGCGGACAGGGAACUCUCGACCGAAGAUGACGACUUUGACAGAAGGCCGUGGCAGGACGGGAAGUUAGAGCCCAAAGCUAGACCUGGAGUCUUCCAGAUGUCCUUGGCUUGGUCGGGCGAAGAGAUGGAGUUCCUGAUUCACAAGGUUUCCCUCAUAUCUUUGCGGCGGUUUGGCAGAGUGCUGCCGUCCAGAACCGGGGAUGCGGCAGAAGGCAAGCGUUCAAGUGUGCUCGAAGAUAUGCAGCAGAGGUCUACGACAUGCUGUAUGAGGAUCUUCAUCCGAACAUCUAUCGGACUCCUACGAUGCUCUUCCGCACGUUGCGAGCCUGCUCCGAUGGUGGUCGCCACCACAUUCAUCACUGCCGUGGCCACCGUGGAGGAUUGGGGUGGAUGGAAAGGAAGAGAUACAACUACAGACGUCGGCAAGAUCUUCUGGGUGGUUGAUGUCCUGGCCACCGUAUGGUUCAUCUUGGAAUACAUCUUGCGAAUUGUGGCUACCGGCUGGCGGCAUCCAGUCUCCCUCGUUGGCCUUUGCGACUUGAUCUCCAUCGCUGCCUUCGCAUAUACUUUGGAUCCGAAAACGCGGCCAGAAGCUUUCCGGCCAGGCUAUCAAGACACGCAUUACCUGAUCGACAGCGUCGUGCUGCUGCGACUGCUGCGCGUCUUCAGCCUUGAAAGCUAUUUUUACGCCAUGCACACUCUGCGGUGUGUGCUUUGGCUGAACAAGUGGCCACUGGCUAGAGCUGGUGGUGCACUCGUCUCGAUCUGGUUUGUGCAUGCCACGCUGCUUCUGAGCAGCAUGACCGUAGUCGGGCUAUCAAGCAGAGAUGGACAAGAUUAG